GCUCCUUUGUUUUUAUCUGGAACCCUUGAUCAACACGUUGGCAGUGAUGGGGUUGCCCACAUUGCAAUGGUCUAGAUUUUCCAAAUACGCCCUCAAGAGUCCAGAAUCCAGAUGGCGCAGGGCAAUUGCGUCGAGCACUUCGUCUGGGCGGAAGCACAGUAUCUCUCCUCUGCCGAGAAUACCAACUUGGGGAUAUCUCGCUUAGGAGUAACGAGCAGAAAACCAACAGAAUAACUCUUUCCCAAUAGACCCGUGAUAACAAGGCCCUCGCUUUAUUCCUUAUACUUUCGGACUUUCCUUCAUCUUUGCUUCGUAGGGUUCCAGUUCGUCAAGUCUCACACCAUAUAAACUUCCAGUGAAAUUCAAACAGGUUUCAUACUUCCCUCUGCCUGUCUCUUUUGAUAUUUGCUUUGGGUAAUGCCUGGUGAUCCUGUUGAGCUUGGUGUCCCGGGUAUUUUUUCUUCUGCAUAUUUGGAAUCAUAAUAAGUGGUAGUCAUGCAAAAGGAUCUUAGUAGCAGUGCCCCACAAACGCCUACUGGACGGGUUCGACACCGUAGACGCUCAAAUGAGGUUCCUCCUGAGGCAACCAAGCCAAAUGGAAGUCAUUUACUCAUUGAUGACCGAAACAAAUACAAGUCCAUGUUGAUUCGUGCAUAUUCAUCUGUUUGGAUGAUUGGGGGAUUUGCAUUUAUUAUCUAUAUGGGUCAUCUCUAUAUCUGGGCCAUGGUUGUGGUUAUCCAAAUUUUUAUGGCAAGGGAGUUGUUCAACCUACUCAGACGAGCUCAUGAAGAUAGGCAUCUCCCAGGAUUCAGGCUUUUAAACUGGCAUUUUUUCUUCACAGCAGUGCUGUUUGUUUAUGGCCGCAUACUCAGCCAGCAGCUUGUCAACACUGUAACUUCAGAUAAAUUUUUGUAUCAGCUUGUCAGUGGCCUUAUCAAAUAUCAGAUGGUUAUUUGUUAUUUCUUAUACAUUGCAGGUUUUAUGUGGUUUAUUCUUACUUUAAAGAAGAAGAUGUACAAGUAUCAAUUUGGGCAGUAUGCAUGGACACAUAUGAUUCUAAUUGUGGUGUUUACACAGUCUUCCUUCACUGUAGCAAAUAUUUUUGAAGGAAUUUUCUGGUUUCUUCUUCCAGCAUCCCUUAUUGUUAUCAAUGAUAUUGCUGCUUACUUCUUUGGAUUUUUCUUUGGGAAAACACCUUUAAUCAAGUUAUCACCAAAGAAAACUUGGGAGGGUUUCAUUGGAGCAUCUGUUACAACUAUGAUCUCUGCAUUUGUGCUUGCAAAUAUCAUGGGCCGUUUCCGGUGGCUGACAUGCCCAAGAAAGGAUUUAUCAACUGGCUGGCUUUCCUGUGAUCCUGGUCCAUUAUUUAAGCCAGAGUAUCAUUCUUUACCAGAAUGGCUUCCUCAAUGGUUCCCUUGGAAAGAGAUCUCUGUCUUGCCAGUGCAAUGGCAUGCUCUCUGUCUUGGUCUAUUUGCCUCAAUUAUAGCUCCUUUUGGAGGCUUUUUCGCAAGUGGCUUCAAGAGAGCUUUUAAGAUUAAGGAUUUUGGUGAUAGCAUUCCAGGACAUGGUGGAAUUACUGAUAGAAUGGAUUGCCAGAUGGUGAUGGCUGUCUUUGCGUAUAUCUAUCACCAGUCAUUUGUUGUACCUCAGAACUUUUCGGUUGAGAUGAUAUUGGAUCAGAUGUUGAGGAACCUUUCUGUUGAGGAGCAACUGGCUCUGUACAUGAAGCUUGGGCAGAUCUUUCAGGAGAGGCAAUUUGGUGAAAUUUGAAGCACCCUAUCCAGCUAUUCUCAUGUAACUAUAAUCUUUUGCCUCCUCAUUGGGCAUGCUGCAUAAAUGGUGUUGUGUUUUUUCACGUGCAAUUCCAUCCAUAUAAAUAUUUGACAACCAGGGCCUUUGUUGGUGUGGUGGCUGUAUAGUUUAUUCAAUAUUGAAGCAGGUUUUUUAUUUUCUUUUGGUAGGGUGUAUUUGGUACCCUUUUUACCUCUACUUUCUUGAUGGUGUAGUUUUUUUUUUUCUUUUAAGUUUUCUUGUUUAAAGAUGGCCUAGCUUCCUGUAUGGGGAAGUCAAUAGGAUAUGUUUAGUGUCCCCCUACAAAACAGUGUCAUGGGGAGAUAUUCCCAAUGCAAGGCCAUAAAGGCUGUUCGAACGGGCCUAGCACUGACUGAAGCCGCGCUCACAAUUUACUACCUAACGGUGUUGUGCCUUGGAUAUUUCUCUCUUCUGGAUGUUGGCAAAAAACUAAAUGACUAUUGGUGUGAUACGGCUGAUUUAUUAGGUCUUCUGCAUAAAUCUAAUGGGUUAAUCCAGUGGACAGUCCUUGUACUA